AUGUUACAAUCUAUCUAUCUAUCUAUCUAUCUAUCUAUCUAUCUAUCUAUCUAUCACACUCAAACAACAAUUACAAUAAAGGAGCGUCUCGCCAUCGAGAUGGAUCAACGAGUCACCUUUGAUGCAGCUAGUCGAGUUUUGACUUUCAAAAAUGUCCCUUGGAGCCCUGAAGAGUUCACGGGCGAAUUGGCCAAAAAGGUACCCAAGGGAUGGCUACCAAUGGACUGUACCACUAACAAAAAACAGUCUUCCAGUAUUUGCAUGCGUUGGAAGGGAGCCGCCAAAGUAUUUAUUGACCACUACACUGUCGAUUCACUUAACUGCUUUGGCGUUCAAUGGCUCUCUGAACAAGCGGUCCAACACUUGACGGACUGUUUUCAGAGCAAUGCCCACUGGUUCGGCCCGUCAAACAGCGGCCAGUUUCAGUGGCCACUCGUCAACUUCAGUUAUGCUUACUCACCAAAUUUCACUCAUAAUGAUUUGGAUGGUACGUUCGGUUAUCUUUCUGAACACGUAUGGCUAUCGUCAAAUGGUAUAGCUAUUAUUGUUAACGAAUCGACUGCGUUCCGAGUUAUGUGGCAGAACCACAAGUCGAUGAACGUCUGCGUAGAGUCAAUGUCAGCCACUAGUUUUGCCUCUGCCUCUCCGGAACCCCUCCAGCUCAGUUACUCUGUGUGUUACGACCAUGAUAUCAUGGCAACAUACCGGGUAGUUAAACGGAGAUUCCUACGGAAUACAACGAAGAAAUUUCCCAAUCGAAAUAUGUUUGAACGUCCUCACUGGGUCGUUCAGAUGGACCGAGCCGAUGACCUGACAAGUGAUCUUGUUAGUAAUAUGGCCGAAGAACUUGGCCGGAUGAAUUUUACCUGUUCGACUCUAGAGUUGAACGGUAAUCCUUACACCCACCACAAUUCUCAAAACUUCGCAGCUGGGAUUGACCUCGGGUUUUUCAUUAUGGAUGCAGGCGGUCGUGCUCCGGGGCUUACUUACUGGAAACAUGGCAUAGCGGCUGUGUUGGAUGUGUCCAACAAGAACGCCGAGAAGUGGCUCAAAGAGAGACUUUCUCUGUUGCAAAACACUUAUGAUAUCAGUGCUUUCCGAUUUACCUACGAUGGUAAUGCGACUCUUCCAUUCCAGCCUCACUUGACAGGAAACUUCACUUCCGGCGACUUCAUGCGCCGUUUCAUCGAAAUAGCAGCAGAACUCAGCGAUAAUGUAAUCGUCAGUCGGGUGACCCACUCACAGAAUUCAUCAGUGUUCGUCAGUGUGGAGGGCAGUGUUGUUCAGAAAGGCACAGAUAUGUGUAUUACAAACCUUGUCGAGAAGGCCCUCUUACUGGGAAUUCUAGAGUUGAGAACAUGGCUUUUUUUGUUGGUGAAAUUAAUUAUUAUAUUCUUUACUCUACAUACUUCCCCUUUCCUUCUUCUACUCUUUCUCCUCUGCUCUUCAUCGUCGUCCAUCUCUCUCUCUCUCUCUCUUUUUCCUCUGACACUCCCCCUAUCCUUACAGAAUAUCUAUCUCCUCUACCACAACACUAUACUUCUUUUUCUAUUGCUCAUCUCCGCGACUCCCCCUAUUUUCCUUCUAUCACUUUCCUUCGCCAUUCCCCAUUUCUUCUGCUAUCGCUUCCUUCCACUCUUCUUCUUCUUCUUCUUCUUCUUCUUCUUCUUCUUCUUCUCCUCUGCCACUCCUCCUAUUACUCUUCUUUGCUCUAUUCCCUCCGUCACUCCACCUAUUACUCUUCUUUGCUCCCUCUCCUACGCCACUCCCCCAUCCUCCUCUGCCACUCACUCCAUGCUUCUGUCUCUCACUAUUUCUCUCUGUCACUCACUCUAUCCUCCUCCUGUCUCUCUCUCUCUCCAUUUCUCCUCUGCUACACACCCAGCCUCCUCCUCUUUAUUUCUCUAUCACCACUCCUCUACCCACUCCCCUCUUUUUAUUUUCUCCUCCGUCAUUCCCCCGUCCUACUCUCUAUUUCUUUUACGUCAUCCCCCCCUCACCAUUCUUCUUCUCUCUCUAUUUCUCCUCUGCUUCCCUAUUCUUCUUUCUAUUUUUCUUCUCUCCGGCAUCUCUCUCUAUCUCUGA